CACUUAUUUUGCACUUAGUAAUGGAAAACCGACCACCAAUACUUGUCGUCGUGUGUAGCUGCAAGAUAAAAGUACUUUCCGGUUAUCCUCACACUGAUGCUUGAAAGACUGUUUAUGACAAAAGAGCAAAUAUUGUUGAAGUGGAAAAUGGAAAAGAGGAAAUUAACACAACCAUAUCAUCAUCACGGUGGUUCCACUUGGCCAGAGCUCUCACACUCUGGUUGUGUGUGUCCUAUAAAAGCCGGCUAGGUUUGCAAUUUAGUUUCCACUUUCCCGCCGGGCAUUCUGGGACGAAAAUCUAUUUGAAACCGAGUCGAAUCGGGUUGUGUGAUUCUUCAAAUGGGAUUAUAAAAGUGGAAGUGCCGAUCUUUGAAUCGUUUCCCAGGAUGUCUCGGUGAUUGUGCAUUUUCUCUGUGAUCCUUGAGCAUUCCCCAAGGUGGAUUCUCCCAUGCAGAGGAAACGACACACAUUAGCGAGGGUGGAAUAAUUUAUUAUAAUAAGCACCCUCCACAAUGAUGCGGUUAUAAGACGGUUCCACAAUCUGCCUUCGGAACGGCACUCCGGAGUCCUGUGGAAUAUUCACGCCAUUAUCGACUGUCUGCCUGGCCUGGCACAAUGGAGAUAUCCGAGUCGACGCAGGCAGUGUUUUUUGUGAGCCGAAUCUUUGGUCUGGCGCCGUACGUGGUGAAACGAACCUCCAAGGGACAAAUUGUGGAUUACAAGAGAAAUCUGCUUCUGGUGAUUUACAGCUUGAGCGUCGUGUUCUGUUUAGCUGGAUUAACCUUCAAGGGAAUAUUCUUGGAUAUAAACUCGAAAAAACCGAUACGUUUCGUUUUUAGAAUGAAGACGGCUACAUCACGGGUUGUGACAACGCUGGAUGUCUCGGUCGUGGUCUCGGCCUGUAUUUGCGGAGUUUUCUGCGGCAUUUACGGGCUGCCGUUCGUCCGGGAGCUGAACCAGCGCUUAAAUGAGGCGGACGAUAUGCUCUCGAUUUACGUUGCGGCGGGAAAACAGGACGACCGAGGAAAGCCGAGGAAAGGUCUCGCGAUGCUGACCCUGGUUGGCUUUUUCAUAACAGGUGCUCUUGCUCUCGAUAUUUGGGUUUGGUAUCGGAUAGCGCACAAAAUGAAGAAGGAAAAUCAAGACUCAGAUGCAAACGUGCUGGGGUACUGCCCGUUCUACGCUCUCUACUACAUCCUCAUGAUGUUUCACGUGCUGUUUGCGCAAUCAGCACUCGGAAUCAGCAACAGAUUCCGUCGCCUGAACGUGGCCCUGUAUCAAGUGUUUCCGGAAUUCAACAAAACUCCCAUAAUUGAAAUUACGUCGGUGUCAUCCACCAACAACGUCUCGGAAAAGUUGGACAAUGCCGUGGAGAAAAUCCGAGGGAUAACGACCGUGUCCCAUGCCCGCCCGUUAGUUGUUCACCCGCAGCCCCUGCUGACCCCUGACCGUGUGAUUGAGAAUAUGGCCUACAUCCAUGCUUCAUUAUCGACGGGAGUGAUAUUGGUUUCAAACACGUUUGGCGUUGCCCUGUUGGCGGUUUUGGGGUCGUGUUUGCUCCAUUUGGUGGCAACCUCUUACUUUCUGAUGGUGGAGCUGGUGGGUGAUAAGGAUGCGGUAUUUUCCUGGAUUCAAGCACUCUGGCUGUUCAUCCACAUUUUUCGCUUUCUGUUGACCGUUGAACCGUGCCACAUAACCAACGUUGAGUCCCGCCGGACGAUGGCCAUCGUUUGCAAUUUGAUGCGAACCUGCCAGGAAUCGGUGGCAAAGGAACGUUUGGAAAGUUUUUGGCGCCAGCUGGUUGGAAAUAAUUCUAUGUUCACCGCAUGCGGUUUGUGUUCGAUCGAUAGACAUAUAAUUACGUCAUAUUGUGGCGCUAUUGCAACGUAUCUCGUGAUACUUAUACAAUUUAAGGAAGCUGAUGACAAACCAAUGUCGAAAGCUGGUCGCCGAGCAUUUUUGAAAUCGUUUAAUAACACAUCAUGAACUGCUGAUAAAAUAUCAUUAGCUUAAAUAUUUUAAAUAAUCUAGUAAAGUGAUGGUGACAAAUCAAUAAAAUUAUUGCUAAUAAUUUG